GGGACGUUAAUUUACCUUAGACGAGUAUCUACACUAGAUACCCUUCCAGUGUCUAUUCUACAGGAUUUCAACUACUCAGAUCAAAAACACAUUAUUAGCCUGACUAGAACGUAAGUAUAUUUCCACCGACAAUAACCAAUAAUGAUAAGAGUGGGGAACUAUAUAACUCAUCUUGUACACCUGUCAGACUAUCUACUAGUCAUUAUUUUUCUCGCCCACACAUCAGAUACUGUCGAUCAAGUUGCGAUCAGCCCACUACUCUGAUUGGACAUCGUGUGCUGUAUGCUGAGCUUUCACAUAGUUGGAGGUAGUUGACACAGCCCAGAAUGUUGGUUUCGUGAGUUAGUUAUACAAAAUCUUUCAUGAUUAACUAGUCUGUAAUUUUAAUAUAGUACGAUGAACAACAGACAUUUGGUAGUUAUUUGCUGUCAUUUUUAUUAUCUGCAGCCUUACAGAGGUGGCUAAUGAAUGCAAAAAAUUCAGUGGACGAAGAUGGCAGAUCGGGUACAAAUCUAUCGGAUACUUUCGAUGACAAACAGGAUAAUUUUAGAUUAUUUAAAGCGUAUAAAGAAGGUCAGUUGGAUUUGAACAUUUUAAGUACACAGGAAGCAAUAUCAGCUGCGACCGCAGCAACAGUUGAUAAUACUACGUCAUCAAUAUUAACAUCGUCAAAAAACGGCCAACAAGAUGAGCCUUCUUCAAACCAAUCUUGGUGUGCACCGCAGUCAUCAUCUAGUGAAACAAAGCAAUCAGUAUCUCCUAAUAAGCAGUUUACUUUAGGUUCACUUUUGAAACCUAACUUGAUAAGUAAUAUUGCUAAACCUGUUUGGGAAUCUCAGCCGCCAUCUGUAUCACGCGUUCUUGUCUCAUCUGCUGACUCAACGGAAGAAAAUAAGAGAAUACAAACAGGACCAAUUUUAAUUUCUGGAAAUGCUAUCCUUGUGAAUCAGCGUCAGAGAGGUAAUCCUGUUUUAAAACAGAUACGUAAUGUUGCCUGGGAGUAUGCAGAUAUUGAUCCGGAUUUUGUUGUAGGAAGAAAUAAUUGUAUAUAUUUUCUAAGCUUACGUUAUCAUAAUUUAAAUCCUGAAUAUAUAUUCGAGCGUUUACGUCAAACAAAACAGCAUUAUCAAUUAUCUGUACUUCUUGUUCAAGUGGAUGUACCAGAUCCAUAUUAUCCGUUAAAAGAGUUAUGUAAAAUUUGUUGGACUGAGAGAUUAACCUUGAUGUUGGCUUGGAACAUGGAGGAAGCGGCAAGAUAUUUAGAAGCUUAUAAAGCCUUGGAAAACAAGCCUCCAGAUAACUUAAUGGUAGAACCAGCCACACAAACAGAUCAUAUCGCACAGGUUACAGAUUUCUUAACUUCGGUUCGACGUAUAACAAAAGCUGAUGCUGUUUCAGCGAUGAAAAAGUUUGAUACGGUAGCCGACAUAAUACGAGCUGAUCAAUCAACUUUGGAGAAGUGCCCUGGUUUCGGUCAGCUUAAGGCCCGUAAACUCAGUGAAGUUUUCAGAAUGCCAUUUAUAAAGAAAAAUUCAUGA